AUAAUGGGGUGGGAAAUCUAAUUCUCCUGGACUAACUGGUUUCCGAAUCUUAUUCCUCCCCUUUUGCAAUGCUUAUCCUCCUCGCGGAUACCCCAUUUCACGAAAUCACCCAAUUCCUCAAUCAUAUUACUCCACACAGCUCUUGAGAUUGAAGUAGAGGAAACCCAAAGUGUUUGAUUAGUUAGGGCUAUGAGCUACACACAAAGGUGCUUGCCGCAAUUUUUACACAUCAGAGACCGCAGCGCACUGUUACCACCUCCACUCAGCCUCUCGCUUAAACACCAAGGGCAAUCAAAACACAGGAGGGUUGUUAAAAUGUCUGCAGCUGAACUCACUAACUCUAGGAUCUCAUAUGAGUCCUUUGCAAUAAAGCCUCCCGUACACCCUACUUACGAUUUAAAAGGCAUUAUCAAGUUAGCCCUUGCAGAAGAUGCCGGUGAUCGAGGUGAUGUAACAUGCAUGGCUACCAUUCCAUUUGACAUGGAAGUUGAAGCUUAUUUCUUGGCGAAGGAGGAUGGCAUCAUUGCUGGAAUUGCACUUGCUGAUAUGAUAUUUCAUGAGGUUGAUACUUCUUUGAAGGUGGAGUGGUCUAAAAAUGAUGGAGAUUUUAUCCACAAGGGGCUACAAUUUGGAAAAGUUCGAGGGCGGGCACACAACAUUAUCGUAGCUGAAAGGGUAGUGCUAAACUUUAUGCAGAGGAUGAGUGGGAUUGCAACUUUAACUAAGGCAAUGGCAGAUGCAGCAUCCCCUGCAUAUAUUUUGGAGACUAGAAAAACUGCUCCAGGUUUACGUUUAUUGGAUAAGUGGGCGGUAUUAAUUGGUGGAGGUCGGAAUCAUAGGAUGGGUUUGUUUGACAUGGUGAUGAUAAAAGAUAAUCACAUAUCAGCAGCUGGAGGUGUUACAAAUGCCCUGAAAACUGUUGAUCUGUAUCUAGAGCAAAAAAACCUUAAAAUGGAAGUUGAGGUUGAGACCAGGACUCUUGAGGAAGUGGAAGAAGUAUUAGGUUAUGCAUCUCAAACAAAGACUUCUUUAACUCGAAUAAUGUUGGAUAAUAUGGUUGUACCUCUAACAAACGGAGAUGUGGACAUAUCUAUGCUGAAAGAAGCUGUACGGUUGGUCAAUGGGAGAUUUGAAACUGAGGCAUCAGGCAAUGUUACUCUAGAGACUGUACACGAAAUUGGUCAAAGUGGAGUUACCUUCAUCUCGAGUGGUUCCUUGACGCAUUCUGUAAAAGCACUUGACAUCUCCCUAAAAAUUGACACCGAAUUGGCACUUAAAGUUGGAAGGCGCACUGGACGUGCUUGAUUAUUCUUAAUUAUAUAUUUUCUCAUGUUCUUGCUGGUCUUCACUAUGCUACAUGCAUAUCUUGAAUCGGCUUCUUUUUGCUAUAUUGUGUGACUUUCAUGAAGUAAUAAAAGACAUCUCAGAUCAAAGAUAUAAAACAGUUGCUUACCAUAUAUAUGCUCUGCCAAUAAGAAAGCUUGUAAAUUUGAGUUAGCUUAAUAGGAUAGGAAGCUCUGUUUUGGUGCAAAAUUAGGUUUCCAAUGCAUAAAUCUAACUCACUGGUAUAGUUGACUUCAAUAUAGUUUCACUCCAUUACAGGAUUUAAUGGCGUUAAUUUUUUAUAUGGUACUUUACUUUCUGUAUUUUCAUCUGUUGAUUAAGUUCAUGGUGUUUUAAUUGUACUCUACUUUUUCUAUUUUCAUAUAUGGAUUCAGUUCA